CUGAAGGUGGAGAUACAACCAGAUUGGAAAUAACUGGACCACCAAAAAACUGCGUCCGAGCACAAUGGCUUAUCAGACACCGUGUAGUAAGCUCUUUUUCGUGUCCAUGAUUGAUAUGAAUUAACAUUUUUCAAAAUUGAUACUAAAAUAUAUUUAAAUUUACAAUUUAAGAUCGCCUCUAAGGACAAGAUUGCCAAUAAGGACAUUAGAUAUGGAUUUGGAGGCAACACGCAAUUUGUUUGCUUCGACUUCAAAGAUGAAAAUGAAAACUUUGAGUUAGUGCCAGAUGGAAGUGCUCCCAAACUGGAUGGCUUCAUUCAAGGACCAAGAUACAGAAUUAAAUCUGAGACUGACGAUGACUCUCAGGUACUUUACAUCAAUGUUAAUAAAACCGCAGAUCUCAUAUUAGCUCUUUUUAUUACUAAAUAUUAGAAACUAAAACAAAGUCGUAUACAUGUAUUGCUAUUCAAUGGUGGUGAAUUUAUUAAUUCGAUUCUAUGUUUCAAGCAUGGAUGUGCAGUUUCGCACAAUUGCGGUAGUUAUUAUAAGUAACAGCAUGGCUUGAGGGAGAUUAGUGAUUAAAUGACUCCGUAACCCGAGGCAGGUUUGCGGAAUCCCCGAGGGCAAAGCCCGAGGGAAUUCCGCAAACCUGCCGAGGGUAAGGGGUCAUUUAAUUUAUUUUAAUUUUAAUUUAAUAAAUUUAUUUGGAUCAAUAUAUAUAUAUAUAUAUAUAUUUGAUAACACAUUUGAAAGCUAGAUCCAAAACGGCAAAGUACGAACGGGACUCUUUGAAAAGUUCCCAUGCAAGGCACCUUCCGGCAUCCAAUUAUAUGAUUAUAUGUACAGUUAUAUACUUAUAUAUACACAUAGUAUACAUAUACGCACGCUCACAGACAAAGCACACACAGAGACAGGUUACACACACAGACAGGUUACACACAGACGCUUAAAGGCCAUUUUCCACCGCAGUCGCCCCGCACGCGCGAUUUUAUCAUGUGAAAAAUUAGUUCUACUUUCAUGGCGUGUCCGCGAGCAUUCAGGCGGACAAAAAUGAAAGUCCUUUCCGCUCGCGCGGGCAAAGCGACUGCACUGGAAAAUAGCCCCAAAGAUGGCCUAUUAAACACACAUUUAUUUUCGCUGUUCUCUGUGACAGGGACAGUCACGCACCGAGAACCAAGUACAGGGUACUUUAUUUAAUCACUAAUCUCCCGAAAAGCCAUGCUAUUAGUUUGUAAUAGCAUAGUUGCGCUCCCAUUUAAAAAUGGACAAACAUGCCCUACUUACAAUCAGCGAAUUUAAGCUAAAACAUUUGCUUCUUUGCUUCUGAGAUGUAAAAGCUUGUUGCACAUGCGCACUUUUUACGCUUUGAUCGGUUACGCAUGCGCAAUCUAUCAUUUAACGUACCACAACAAAGACGUCUAUAUAUAUAUAUAUUAGUAUAAAAUUGGAGACUGCACGUGCGUAAUUUAAAUGAUGCAACAACUCAGGGAUCGGAUGAUAGACUAUUGACGGCUCUGAGCUAACUGUUGCUGUUCUUUGCACGACAAUGUGCGUGAGGCACUCGCCUAAUGCGUAGUCGGCAGGGAGACAAAGGUGUAACCCUUGCCAAUGGGCGAUUAGAACUAAUCUGAUUAUUAAUCGACCCUGUUGAAACAAAAGAAACCCGGGCAACUAUGCUAUUAAUAUAGUAAUAUAAUAAUUUCGGAAUCGAUAUGAUCAUUAAUUUAGCAAUAUAGUAAUGUAGAAUUGCGUUCAUUGUGUAAUAUUAGUCAAGCAACAUAACUCCACAGUAUAUCGAUGUAUACAAAGAUAGUCUAGUCAGUUCCUCUAUACGUCUAGUCAGUUCCUCUAUUAAUUUAAAUUAACAAGACCGGCGGUCUGGUCAACGCCAAAGGGUUUAAAAUAGCUGAAUUAAGUAUAAAUGUAUAUUUUUUAUAAUAUUUAUGAUACACAGAAAAAUACACGUUUGUAUAUCAUGCUAAAGGUACUUUCAAGGUUUACAUUGCAUAUUCCCGUGUGCAACACACACAAUUAAAUUUACCUAAGAAAACUACUUACUGAACAUUUAAAAAAAGUAAUGCAUGCAAGUAACGAUUUUUUGUUUCAAUUGUUUUAUUAUUUAAUAAUGUCUUGUAUAUUCUGGUUGACCUGCAGGUAGUAAUUGGAUACUCUGUCUUCAACUUCAAUAAGAUAUAUUUAUUUCUAUACGUAUAGGAUCACAACAUAGUGGUAACCAUGCAGCACCGAUUUUUAUAUCUUUUUUCAGGGUGAAAUCAGUGACAAGACAAUCACAACAAUUAAAAAGUGUCUACUCACGUCAUUAGAAAUUUUGAACAAAUCAGAGGACGAGAAACACAUGAUAAUUGACUUGUGGUGUCAUUUUGGAAAAGUCUUUGUUUCUGGCGUUGAUGAAGGUAAUACAAUACUGAGAUUCGAUUAAGGUACAUGAAAAAAUGUGGUCAUUUCCGUUGGCUGCAGAGAAGUACAGUUUUUACAAAACUUGAAACUCCUUGAAAGUCCUUGCAUUUCGAAAUAAAAAUUCAAGGCCUUGAUAGUUUUUGAAUUGAUGAAGAGAGCUUGAAAGUCCUUCAAUUUUUGUUGCUUUAGUUUUGGAGUAUUUUCUGAAAUUGUAUGAAAUUAAAAUACGUACAUUUUGUUGAAAUGACUCUGUCCAUGUCUUACAAAGCUGUUUGAAGUUCAUUAAAGUGAGAAUUUCUAGCGCCUUGUUUUUAGCCCUUUUCAUGACCAGAUUCAUGACCUUGAAAGUCUUUGAAAAGUCCUUGAAUUUUACUCUUCCUGACCUGUGGAAACUCUGCAAUACGUAAUUCAGUGCGAAUGUUUGAUUAUUUAAUCCCAAAAGAAUUCUUAAUCGAAAUUUUUUUUGUGUUUUCUACAGAAAAUUGUGAAAAUAGUAUCUAUUUUUUAUAUAUACCAUAAAUAAAUAUUAAUGGAAUCAGUUGGAAUUAAAAAAUGCACAUGCAGGGCACGUGUAUGUGUAACAAGCUUACCAAAAAUUCUGUUGUGCGAAAUUAAUGGCUUGAUGUAUACUAAAGGCUGAAAAGAUCGUCUGAUCUUCGCGUAGUUCGUGCUGUCUAUGCAUACAAAUAUGACAUUGGACGAACUCAAUUGUUACGCUAUCGACAUUUCUUCUUUGUAAUCCAUGUUUUACCAUAAAAUUAUUAAUAUAUGACUUAUAAUAUAGAAAAAGCUAAGAAAAUGAUGACGCCAGCGGAUAUCAGUGAACGACUAAUGCGGACAACCAGUAGUAGUACGUUAAAGAAUAAAGACACGAAUGGCUAUUGGAAAGUUUCUUUUGAAGAAGGCGUUGAUCCAUUAGAUGACAGUGUACUUCCAAACUUCGGCGAUGAAAAUCAUGAUUUUUUUGGUCUCAAGCUAGAUCAUAUACAGUGGCGUUACGAUUUUGGCUUUAUAACUCCAUCAUGUACGUUUACUCGUAUAUUCUAUAUUCAAAAGUGCAGUAUUUUAUAUCAUAUCCUUGUUUUAUAAAAAUAAAAAAUUGUAUUUUUUCAUUGGAAAGAAAAAAAUGGAUCAUUUUUACGCUCCUGUUAUACCGAUUUUUCAUGAAAUACUGUAUUUCGACCGAAAACAUUGAGCUUGCAUUGGUUUUAAUUAAAAUUAAGCUAGCGAUGAUUGUAAUGACCUCAAAACAGGGUUAGUCGUGUAAAACUACUCCUUGUGACCAAAUAACAAUUAGCAGAUGUUUAAAAUUUAGCUCGCUGCACUUGAAUGCAGCAGAGCUAUUGCUAUAUAGUCCGGCGCCCGUGUCUCCGUCCGUGUUCACAGUUAAGGCGAAUCGGAGGUUAUUAAGAUGCCUCUUUUACCUUAAUGUUGUAUUAUGUUCAUUUUUAAAAAUUAAUAUUUUUGCAAGAGUAUGGAGCUUCGGUGGCGCAAUUAAUUGUCAGAGGUAGAUUCUCGCCUUGGAUUCAUGACACUUACGUGAAAAGAGUCAGUCAACGUGCUUUACUAAACGUUACGGGUUUUUUUCCCAGUAUGUUGACAGGGCGAGUUUGAAUUAGCCCCUAACUGACCCUUUCACCGUCAAUGUAUUCCGUGAUCAGAUUGGUUAAAUAAUUAAUAACCAAUAUCGGAAGUAAUAAUUAAUAAUCAAUUCCGGAAAUAAUCGCAGAAAAGAAACAAAGUACCGAAACAAGAUGGGCCCUCUGACUGACAAUACGUUUUCUUUUUUAAACUGGUUACGUUAGUUAAAGUAAAUACUGCAUGCAGGCAAACGUUAGGUGACUCGGGCAACUAUAUCUUGAAAUGCUGACCGAAGUAUAAUGUCGGGCUUAUUUUGAAAUUUCGGUUUAUCCAAGAAAACGUCCAGGCGACCUUAUUCGUGACGUAACAUGCAUAUAUUAUUGAACUGCAAGUAAACUGUAAAGCUAACUUCUAUCAACUUUAAGAAUUGAUGUAAAUUGCGAAAAGCGAGGAAAAUUUAGUCAACGUUGCACAAAAAAUACCUUUUUUAGUCACAAGACUUCAUGCAAUGAUUGGGAUUCUACCCUAAUUUUCCAAUUAGUACACUUACUACAUAAAAUUACAGCACUAAUCCAUUAAUCUGCAAGAUUCUCCCCUUGACGGGUAAGUGCAUGGUUGGCAUUCAAACCUAAUUUUCCGAUUAGUUCUGACUGACAGUGUUUUACAUCUACUGUACCUGCAGCAAAAAUGAGCAGUGUCACUUUCGUAUCUUGAAUACAAGAAUGACAAAAGUGCAUGUGAACGUGCCAAAGCAAAAUUGCCCCUUCAUAUUUUGACAUGUAUUUUGCACGUACUAAACUUCCGGUAUUAUUAUUUAUUGUUAGCUUGUAAUCCUUGCUUUAACCCUUCAAAAACAAAAAUGAAUCGUUCAAGUUGGGGUCGCACCUUCUUGUUGGCCAUUAGGAGCACUUUAAACACGGCGGCUAUAUAUAAACCAGUUUUUAUAAUACUAGUUUGUUUCAAUUGUUUGACAUAAAGUACCGCUUUUCACAUAAAACUUUCAAAAAACCAAAUGUUUUGAUCAGUUUUUUGUGUUCCUGUAAUUAUGUUCAAUUGGCCUAGUACACAGUUGGAAAAGAAAAGCGUAAAAGGAACUGGCGCUAUCUAAAUGGUGACCAUCAUACACGGCGUCCAUUUUCCCCGCUGACUUACAAUUCCAGAUUAUCUAAAAUUCAAUGGCGUAUAUCCAUGCACAACAAUCCAAGAUGUCGAGCAGCACUCAAUUAUAAUGAUGUCAGUCAAAAUAUUUCAUGAACAUAAGCAAGUUUUGAAAAAUAUUUUCAGUGUUAUACCUCUUCGUUUUAUAGUCGAAACAUGAAAACUGCUUUUCCAACUAUUGGAGCAUCUCUUAAAACGAAUUUCUGACCAUACUGUAUAAUAUGUUUAUCCCUUAAUUUACGCUCUGAUAAGAUAUCAUUUGUAAUUUAGCUUAAGUUAGCCUGUAAUGAACGCACACAGAAAAUUUAUUUACAAAAGGCGUCCGAGGCGUUAAUAUUCGAACAAUGUACCUGAAUUAGGCAGUGAGUUUAUACUCAUAUAGCCGUUUGUAGAAACUUUAGUAUUGUGAUUAUUACUUUUGAUCCUUUGUUUUCCGUUAUCUUGUUUUCUAGACAGAAACGUAAGGCUGAAAGCAUGGGAAGGCUUGCCUCCUGAUAGCGACGAAAAGCCACCAAUUGGAGUAAAAAAUAUUUUAACAUCAGUUGCUCUCCAGGCAGAGGAGGGCAUUAAGGCUUGGAUUUGUUAUCCUUCG